CCACCUUGGACCCUGCGUAAACAAUAUGGGAUAAGGGACGCGGUAAGCUGGUCACGUCUGACGUGUCACGUUGUGCCAUUUGCAGAGGCCAGAGCAGAGAUAGCCGGCCCCUCGGAGAAGUUCGUGAGGCCAGGUAGCACUCUGCAGCUUCACUGCCUCGUAAAAAAAUCGACCGAGACGCCUUCCUAUUUAUUCUGGUACCAUAACUUCCGGAUGAUCAACUACGACGUCGAUCAGGGGGUGAACGUCAGUACCGAUCUGGUGGGGAGGGAGAGUUGGCUGGAGGUGCCCCGCGCGUCCGAUCGCCAUUCCGGAAAUUACACCUGCGAGGCGAGUAACGCUCAACCGGCACGAGUGCUGGUGCACGUGUUCAAAGGGGAUAAUCCAGCGGCGAUGCAGCACAGCAUCGCAUCGUCUCCAUCUGUCAUGGCUUGCAGCGCCCUAUUGAUGAUGUUCACCACGUUGAAACUCGUGCUGCAUUCCACGGCCACGAACUGACCAUUGUGUCGCGCCACGCGUGCCGUGCGAAAUAUAGAAAAAUGAACGUUGUGAUAAUAUUUCGAAAGGGGAAACGUAUAUAACGUGCAGUUCGUUUCGACGAGAUUUCAUCCUCGAGAGACUACGGUUGGAUCUAGAACUGCCAAUUAUUGAUCUUCAAGAGGUGAGCGACUUUAUCGUGAUACGCGUUACGUUAAAUAAUUCUUAAGGGAACGAAUCGAAUCGAGAGCGAAGAAGAGGAGGCGUGAUGACGUGUGCGUGCCUGCGUGUAUCAAUCGGCGGAACAAAAAAAAGAAACGAAACGAAAGGAUAAUAAUAACCUGUGUGCAAAGUAACGAAACGGGUCCGGGUAUUAUGUGUCUUUAAGAUCGUUAAAGAUGCUUGCUUCGAAAGAUGCGAAUGACCAACAAAAAAGAAAGAAAAAAAAAAAAAA